AUGGGGUUCCGUUUGGCUAUCAUUCAAUCGUUUGCUGUUCUGGCGUCCGCUUUCAGUGGCCUUAUCUCUUUUGGUGUAUUCCAGAUUAAUGAUCCUGCAGUGAAGGGGUGGCAAUGGCUUUUCAUUAUUGAAGGAUCAAUGACCCUUAUUACCGGAAUUGUUGGCUUCUUCUUGCUGCCGGAUAGUGCACCAACAGCCUGGUUCUUGAGUGAGAGGGAGAAGGCGGCCGCGACAGUACGUCUUCUUCGGGACACUUCCUCCGAAGUGAAUACUGCGUUUGACCUGAAAGCUUGCUUUGAAUCAUGGAAUGAUUGGAAGUUCCCGGUUUGGUGUUUGAUCACGUUCACAUAUCCUGUUGCGUAUGCCACUGCAAUGAAUUUCUUCCCUUUGAUUGUUCAGCGACUGGGAUAUUCGGUGGUGAAAACGAAUCUUUGGACAGUCGCCCCCAACCUGGUUGGUGCAGUGUUCUUGCUAUGUGUCGCGAAAUCUUCAGACUAUUUCCGAGAGAGAACCUUUCAUAUUAUCUUCUCCUUGACAGUGUCGCUAGUGGGCAUGAUUAUAUUGACCGCCAUUGAUGUGGAGGGCAACAAAGGUGUGGCAUACUUUGCCUGCUUCCUCAUGGCAGCCGGCUCCUACAUCCCAUCAUGUCUUGUGCAUGCAUGGCACAACAAUAACAAUGUUCAUGAGAAUUCCCGCGCCGCCAAUACGGGCCUCUUUGUCGGGUUAGGAAACAUCGCAGGGAUUUUGAGUGCCGGAACGUUCCGAACGCAAUAUGCGCCCAAGUACUUGCCCACCCUUAUCGCAACGUGUUGCUGUAACGCCGUUUGCAUUGUUCUUGUGCUUGGACUCGGCAGCUGGAUGCGGAUGGAAAACCACCGCCGAGAUCAUAAGCAGGGUCAAUCGAUUCGAGAGGCUCAGGUUGAGACUAGUCAAUUCCGAGACGGCGAGAAUAGUCCGGAAUGGAGAUAUUUCCAUUGA